CGUGUGGAGCUUUAGUCACGCAAUUCAAAUCAAAUAGUAGUCCUUUGUUAGCAGCAUUUCUCCCGCUACUAUUUCAAGGAAUAUGCUUCUCAAAGACGUGGUUUGCCUCGUCACUGGAGGUGCUUCUGGUCUUGGUCUAGCUACUGCUAGGAGACUUCUGAACCAAGGAGCCAGAGUUGUGAUUGCUGAUUUGGCCAGCGAUGAUGGAGAACACAUCGCUGAAGAACUUGGCGCUAACUGCACGUUUGUUAAAGCUGAUGUUACUUCAGAGAAAGAUAUAGAUAUAGCAGUAUCAACAGCCAAGGAGAAGUAUGGCCUAAUAAAUACGUCUGUUAACUGUGCUGGAAUCAAUGUUACCAAACCAACAAUAUCAGAAGAUGGUGAACUUCAUUCUUUAGAUUUGUUUGAAAAGGCUAUCAAGAUCAAUGCCAGUGGGACAUUCAAUGUAGCAAGAUUGGUUGCCAUGGCAAUGUCAAAGAACACACCUAAUGAUGGUGGUGAGAGAGGUGUUAUUAUUAAUGUGUCAAGUAUCCAUGGUUAUGAGGGACAGGGCGGUAAAGUGGCAUAUUCGGCCACCAAAGGAGCCAUCAAUGCCAUGACUCUUCCUCUUGCACGGGAUUUGGCAAAGUUUGGAAUCAGAGUCAACACUAUUGCACCUGGGUUGUUCGAAACUCCCAUGUUUGUUGCAGGGAGACCAGAUCCUGUGGGCCGAGCUGCCAUCACAAAAACUGUUCCCUUCCCAAGCCGUGCAGGAACCCCAGAGGAAUUUGCACAUCUCGUUCAAGCAGUCAUUGAAAACCCAAUGAUGAAUGGAGAAGUUCUAAGAUUAGAUGGUGCUGUUCGUUUAUCCUAGGAUGACUAGGGUUCUACCUAAAGUUGUCAAGCUUAUUGAUCACUGACUGAACUAGGAAAUACUUCUUUUAUAAUCAUAGAGGUUUAUGGAUUGCAAACUUGGAAUAAUUCUAAAUUCAAUAGACCAUUUUCGAGUUCCAAAUUACUGCUGUGAUUCAUUAGCCUCAAAUCAGUGUCUAAAUAUUCACAAAUACCAACAGUAAAGUAAAGAAUGCAAAACUUCAACAAUACAAACGCGGACCUUCACUAGAACACAUAAUUAUUCUGCACAAAAUCAAGGCUAACCCUGUGCAACAGCAAAGUAGAAACUGGAGUAUUGUAACUUUCUUUUCCAAACUAAGAAAUAUACAUUAAACUUUUGAUACCCAGUACACUUACUUGAGUCUUGACAAGCUCUUGAUUCUAACUAGAAUUCUGAUCAUGUCAUGUAGUGAGAAUCGAAAGCUUGUCAAGACUCUCAUAAUAGUCUACUGAGUAUCAAAAGUUUAAUAAAUAAUUUUUACAAUGCGACUACAAUAACUGGGGCCACCUCGACAGCAAGAACCAAUCAAAUUGUAAAAUUUGAAGAAGUUAGGGACUGGUCAUUAUUUAUCGAAAGGGGGGAGGCUGGUGCAUUAUGAAAUAUGCUAUGCUUGAUUUUUGCUGACCCCCCUUCUUUUUAAGCAUGAUUUUUGCUGAUUUUUGCUUAAACCUAUGCAUAAAAUAUACUGACCCACCCCUAUUUGCACAGACCCCCCCCCCUCCAUAAAUAAUGGCUAGUCCCUUAAGGAAAUAACAAGAGGUUGAUUCAACAAUGGCAAGCCAAUCUGAAACCUAGUCUGCAUGAAUGGUAUUUUAACCCUGAUGUUAUCUAUAAGCAAAAAUGGUCAUUUUCUUGUGAGAAUAAAGAGGUAUGUUAAAAGGCUAUCGUUUUCUGCUGUUUUCCUGCUCCAGCGACCCAAAUUUGAAAUACAUGUAUUGUUUUCAUUCUACAACUUUAUUGGUUCUCACAUUCAAGGUGGCCAUGAUUAUCGGAGUCCCACCAUAAGUGUAUCUCAACCAGUGCACAUGAAAAUCCAUAUUUCUAUUCAAAAUAUACAUAGUGUUCAUUUUAAACUGGAUAAAAAAUUGUUUUAGUUUUCACUAUGGAGUUGAAGGGAUAUGUUUUUAGGAGGUACAUUUACAGUUCAAUGAGGCAGUUAAUUUUCUCUGGUGAUUAUCCUUCUUUACUGAAGGCAAUAAAGGUAAACUAGUAGGACAAAAAGAAAUCUGCUUAAUAAAAUGGUGGCAUCCAUA